AAAUGAUUUCUAAAACUCACUCUUUAACUGAUUUGCCUUAAGGAACUGCCUGCAUAAAUCUAUCUUUAAGAAUAUAUGUCUACGCCAAAGAGCUGCAAAGAGAACCAAAGAGAAUGAUUUGUCUUUUACGUCCAAUGCGAAGCUAGCUGAAAAAUAUACAAAACAGUUGUCGCUUGAACGUCGAUCGUGCCGCUUGUGUUGCAGUUGAACGUGUGGGGAAUGCUGUUCGUUAGCGUCAGGCCAAGUAUCUGAAAGAUACAUCUUUUGCACGGUCUAAAAAUAAACGACGAAACUGAAAAAGGGGGACAAAAACAAACGCACGCGCCAAUUGCAAAACAUAGGGUCGGACCCCUAAAAAGCAAAAAGUUCAAAUUUUAUAAAUAAUAAAAUGUGAAUAUGAAAAGGAAAACGCCUAUGUGAAAAUGCAAAAGCGAAAAUAUAUUUGUGCUAUCCAGAUAUGAAUCGAAAAGUGAUAUAUUAAUUUAUCGGUGCGACAGAAAAUUAAAGAAGUGUAUACAAAUUCGGAUGAUCAAAAGCUGCGACAUGCAGAUCAAAGUGCCUUGCAAACAUAAUAAGCAAAUCAAGCGGAAAAUGCAUUCCGCAAAUUGAAAACUGAAUGAAAGUUUUUUCAUGCAGCUGCAAUGCAAGAGUCCAUGUAUAGUAUACACUCCACAGGAAGCAUGUUAAGAAUGUACAAGUAAAUAAAGAAGAAGAUCUAUUCAGGACCUCUAUGAAAACGAUGUAAAUAAAAAAGUAGAAAAUAGAAGAAAAUUGAGAAAAAUAGAGGAAAAUGCGGUGAUUUGGGCAGAGCAUAAAACGCAAUUAACGCAACGAAGAAAAAAUAGAGCAACAGACAAAUACAAAAGACAAACGUAAUGUGAAAACUUGAGCUUGGCUAAAAUUGAAAUUAAAAUUGAAAAUUGAAAAUUGAAAAUAAAAAGCAGCAGCAAAAGCACUGAGGACGUGAGCGAAAGAGGGAGAAAGAAGGCGCCAUGAAGUUUCACUUGGCUGCUUUUUGUUUAUUUUUGUUGACAGUUGGCGGCAACCGGCAGCAAUUAAGCGCUGAUUGUUGCCACGAGGCAGCCACUUGGGGCAUGCCAGCUGCAGAUGCAGCACUUGCACCAAAGCUAAAUUCAAUCGAUGGCCGCAUCGGAAAUGAGCUGCAACACGAAACAAAAUUUCGUGUGGCCGCAAUUCAAACACCAGUCGAACCUCCGUCGGUUAUUGGGGACAUCACAACAACAACAAAAGCAACAACAACAAGGCCAUCAGCCCUAACGGAUACCACAACGCUCACGGCCAAAACAAUCGCUCAGCUGACAUUCAAACCAGCCAAGACGAACAAUUUGGAGCUGAGCUUUAAACAGCGCAUGGCUCAGCUAUUUGCCAGCGAGGAGCAGUCCGAGUCCACACCAACAACAACAAUAACUACUCUUGACAAUGAUAGCAGCACUCAUCAUCCGGAAAGGCGGCACGUGGUGCCCGACAAGCUGCUCUACACACAGGAGCUGCAAAUCAAACAGGGCCGCCUGAUGGGCAUCACACGUCGCUUCCAAGUAACGAGCGGGCUGCGCGAGGUGGAUCAAUAUUUGGGGCUGCCCUAUGCGGAGGCGCCCACUGGCAGCAGACGAUUCAUGCCGCCAGGUGCACCUUUGCCAUGGCAGGGCCUGAAAAUCGCGCGUCAUUUGCCGCCCGUGUGUCCACAAAAACUGCCGGAUGUGUCCGGACCGAGCAGCGUAAACAUGUCACAGGGCCGUUACAGGCACUUGAUGCGACUGAUGCCCUAUCUGAAAACCGAGAGUGAGGACUGUUUGUAUCUCAAUGUGUACGUGCCGCAUGGAGAUCCUCUGCCAGUGUCUAAGCAGCACGCUGUGCUUGUUUACUUGCAUGGCGAGUCCUUUGAGUGGAACAGCGGCAAUGCUUACGAUGGCUCCGUUCUGGCCAGUUACGGGGAUGUGAUUGUGGUUACCGUCAACUACCGCUUGGGCGUUCUAGGGUUUAUGCGUCCCGGCAUUGAUGCUCAUAAUAUUGCCAACUAUGCACUGCUUGAUCAGAUAGCGGCAUUGCACUGGAUCAAGGAGAACAUUGGCUCUUUUGGCGGGGACAACACACGCGUCACGCUCAUGGGUCACAGCACUGGUGCCGCCUGCGUCAAUUAUCUAAUGGUCUCGCCGGUGGCAUCAGGUCUAUUUCAUCGGGCCAUUCUCAUGUCUGGGUCGGCUAUGUCUGACUGGGCCGCCAGCAAUCAGUCCCUACAAUUGACCAUGCAAAUAGCCCAAUCCCUCGACUGUCCUCUGUCUGACCACGAGGAGGACGAUGCUCUACUCGAUUGCCUGCGCCAACGUCGCUACCAGGAUAUCUUGCACAUACCAACAUCGUUUCAACAAUUUUCAACAUCAUUGGGUCCAAUUGUCGAUGGACACGUAAUACCAAAUCAACCAUACAAGGUCAUGGGGCAUUAUACGGAGCAUUUCAGCCGUUAUGAUUUAUUAUUCGGCAUCACGGAGUCAGAAUCCUAUCAUACAUUGGCCGCAUUAGCACUCGAGGAAGGAUUACGUGAAAAUGAACGCGAUAAUUUAUUGCGCUUCUAUAUGCAGAGUCGCUUUGAUGUUCGCCCCGAUUUGGCAUUGGCUGCCACGCUAAAAAAAUACCAGGACAUGUACAACAAUCCGAUAAAAGCCACUAAUUUGGAGCAUCGCGACGUUGUGCUGGACAUCCUCUCCGAUGCCCGGGUCGUCGGACCUCUGCUGCAGACGGGCAUGUUCCAUGCGGAUGUGAAUCGACGCAAUUAUAUGUACGUUUUUGGACAUAACAGCGCCACGGGUCCCUAUGCAAAUCUACCGCAUAGCAUAAUGGGCGAGGAGCUGGCGUUCGUUUUUGGUGCGCCGCUGGCGCCGGCCGGCCCAUUUCCCAGCCACAACUAUUCCGUGCAGGAAAAGCUGCUUUCCGAGGCGGUAAUGGCAUAUUGGACGAACUUCGUAAAGACCGGUAACCCGAAGGCGCCUUGGAAGGGAACAUUUUUGAACUCGCAUCUCUUGGAAUGGGAUCGCUAUGAUUUGGAUUGGCCAGAGUUUAAUAAGCGUGCACAGGCCUAUCUCAAUAUUGGCAUUCCGCCGACAGUGGGCUACAAAUACCGUCAAAUCUACAUGAACUUUUGGAACAAAGAGCUGCCGGACGAACUGAAUCAAAUUGCGGCCAUACAGCAGCAGCAGCUGGCCGGAAACGAGGUGAUUACGGGUCAUAUGAGUAAGUACGGGCCGCGUGACAAUGGCGCCGAAGAUCCGGUGCGUACACUCAAAUUGCUGCUUCAGGAGCCGGUGGCAACGGGCAGUGAGCAGCUCGAAACCGCCGCGGAAAACAUGUACAAUGCUCCGCCUACAUUCGGCCAUGUUCACAGGCAGCAGCAACAGCAACAGCAGCAGGGCAACGAUGGCGUGGCCACGUUUUUGGAGGAGGUGACACCCAGCAGCGACUACGGGGAGGACGGAGCAUCAUCGUCUCCAGCGACCCCUGGGGAGCCCAUAGCCAAAUCGGAGACGACGCUGCAGCUGCUCAUCGCGCUCAUUGCCAUUUUCCUUGUGCUUAACGUGGCUAUUUAUGCCACGUUUCUGGUUAGGCAGCGCCGCAAGCGCAACACGACAAUGCAACGCAAGCUAGGCGGCAAUAUCCUCAGCUAUGAUGGCGCCAACGAUGAUGAGCUCAAGCGAUGCAGUAAAUCGCGCGAUGGCGACGAGAGCUACAUUCUGGACAUUGUGCGCAAAUCGAAUACCUACGAGGCCAUCAAGACGGGCCAGCGCUCGCCUAUAAAUGGCUAUGCCAUCCAGCGGCAACUGAGCAGCUCAACGGUGGACACGCAUACCAAAGUAUGCGAGUGGAUGUCUGCCACGCAACAUCAGCACUCGGUGCCAAGCAAAUCGGGCAGCUUCAAUACCACGCCUCCACCGCCAGCGGCAGUACAGUGCGACGGGCGCAUCAUCAUUUGUCAGGACAUCGAGGUUGCCGAUGCUGCACUGCUGACUCCGCAGCACAUGCAUGAGACGCAGGAGGGCAUGCACUAUGAGCUGCUGCUACAGCGCCAGCAUUCGGCCCUGACCGAACCAUGCGAGGCUUCGCUGCAGCCACAGCAUUUUCACUCGCACUCGGAUCCUGUGGACAUGAUUUUAGCAGCGGACGAGCAGGUCACCAGUUUUGUGCACGCCGAUGAUGUGGACAUCAAUGUGACCAGUCGGGACGAGACGGCGCUUGUGCUACAACCCCUCAGCGCCGCACAGCAGCUGGAGCUGCUGCGCCAGCGCAACUAUCCGAAGGUGUUGCCUACGGCGCAGGAUUUGCGCGCUAGCCACAGCUAUAAACGCAACUCGCUGCCGCCACAAAACUAUGCAACUGCACCGCUGCCCCCGCCGCGCACUAUUAGUAGUACAUUGGGCCGCCGGCGGCGAGACAGCAGCAACAUAACCACAUCUCCACUAAUGGUGGCUCAGGAUUGUGGCGAGGAUGAGCCGCGUGAGCCGCCAAUCACGCAGAAUACGCUGAUUGUGGGCCCCAUUGUGCCGAAAUCUCCGUCGGCAUCGCUUAAGAGGAUUAAGCCGGCUCCAAGCGGUCUGGACGCACCGCUGAACACGCUAAGCGGCUCAUUUCAGUCGUUCGAGUCAGUGCCGCCAGCGCACGAAGCAACACCGCCCCAAGGACAACGCACCGAGUGCGUCUAUGCCAUAGCGGCUAGCGCCAGCGUAAGCUCCAUGUCAGGCAGCAGCUGGGCAGCGCCCAAUGGCGAUGUUUAUGCGCAACCCAUGAAGUCAGCAUCAAGAACGUCGCUCAUACCGCGACCGCUGCAGAUGGCAACGGAGACGCCAGCUGUCACACCGCAGGUGUCAACGCCAGCUGCCACAGCCUGCGCCUUGACUUCGGCCGCCGCCUCUGCCUCGCCCAGUCGCAUACCGCAACUGCAGCGUCAGGCAUCCAGCAAGGAGCUGUCGCCGGCUGACAGCCAACAGACAGCGGAUGCCACAACAGCAUCAAAUUCACGCAUAGACUCCACCAUCUCGAGUGGCUCAUCCGCCUCGACCGCCUCCUGGUGCAACUCGACGACAUCCUCAUCCUCCUCCUCGACGGGCACGGUACGCACCGAACUGCAGCCGAGUCGCAGCAUUGCAACCCAUAUAUAGUCCUGCAAUUGACGCCCAGCCGAGCGCCUGCUGUGGCCCGCAAUGCAGCUCUUGCCAAAUCCGUUGAAGGCUUGUGGCUCGGUAUUUGCUGGUGUUUGCGCGAAAUUUAAUAAUACAUUCUGGCCAAAAGUUUAUCUUUGACUUGACGGUCGCAGGAUUGCAGCUGCUCAAGCAUGGCACGGGACCUGCGGCAGCUCGUGGUCGCCUUGGUCUGUAGAAGUUUUGCUAACUGCAAGUUUCGCUAAGGCUUUGAUUCAAAUUAGGGAGAACGAAUAUCGAAAUAACUAAUGAAAAUUCAAUUCGAGUCAAGACGAAUUUCCGCAGCAAAUGUUGGUCAAAGAAAAAAGAAAAGAAAUGCAGUUCUUCAUGAAAGAAAUGUUUUAAUUAGUUAAUUAAAUUAG